UGUUCCUAAUUAAACGCCCAUGUGUAUGGCGAAUCAUCAACAGUUUCAAGCAUGCUAUCAGAACUGGAUGGCUCAACAGAAGCUCGACCAUGAUGAACUACUCCAAGGACUCACCAACUUCCCUACCGAUCUCGACUACCUCAAGCUCAUAACCAGAAAUGCCAUCAACCACAUCGAAAAUCACCACACCGCUAGAGCCCAGCUGGCCAAACAUGAUGGGCCUUCCUUCUUGGCUCCAACGUGGGGGACUACCUUUGAGAACUCGUCUCUUUGGAUUGGUGGUAGCAGGCCUUCCUUAAUCAUCCGACUUGUGUACGUCUUAUGUGGGUCGCAACUAAAGGUACACUUGGCUGAGUUUCUUGAAGGUGUUAGACGUGGAAACCUGGGAGAGAUAUCAAGCUCUCAGCUCAAGAACAUAGAUUCUCUCCACGGUAGAACUAUCAAAGAGGAAGAUAAGCUCACUUCAGUUUUGGCAAGCGUACAGGCAUAUAAUACAGCUUAAUGUUCCAUCUUAUGUUCCAAAGUUGUGUACUAGAGCGCAGUGGCGGAUCUAGAAAAUCCGCAUAGGGGUAACGUUUCA